CAUGGCCUCGGAGAACCCGCUGGCGGCAGUCACUUGUACCGCCCCGGUCAACAUCGCGGUCAUCAAGUACUGUGAGUGCCGCGGGCCGGCCUUGGACGGGGAUGGCCGAGAGCGAGGCCGGGUACGCGGGGGUCGCGCGCUGAUUCCGCGGCGCGCUCGGUCCUGCCCUCCCAGGGCCUCGACGGACGGGGAAACUGAGGCUCAAGGAGGGGCGCGGCGGUGGUCGGGCGGGGCCGCGCGCUCCUUCGCGUGACGAGCUCGGCGCCACCUGUUACCCCGCGACGGCUGCGGCCCCUGCAGGGUCGCCCGGCGCCUGCCCAUUAGCGAUUACCGAACUUUAUCGAAAUCAUCAAUCAUCGAUUCCCAUGAAUCGGGGCAAGCGCGAUGAAGAGCUGGUUCUGCCCAUCAACUCCUCCCUGAGCGUCACUCUGCACCAGGACCAGUUAAAAACCACCACAACAGCCGUCAUCAGCAAGGACUUCACUGAGGACCGGAUUUGGCUGAAUGGCCAGGAGGAGGACAUGGGGCAGCCGCGGCUCCAGGCCUGCCUGCGGGAGAUCCGCUGCCUGGCCCGGAAGCGGAGGAGCUCAUGGGAUGGGGACCCGCUGCCCUCCAGCCUCAGCUGCAAGGUGCACGUGGCAUCGGUGAACAACUUCCCCACGGCUGCGGGCCUGGCCUCCUCGGCGGCGGGCUAUGCCUGCCUAGCCUACACCCUGGCCCGUGUCUACGGCGUGGAGAGUGACCUCUCAGAAGUGGCUCGCCGGGGCUCAGGCAGCGCCUGCCGGAGCCUGUAUGGGGGCUUUGUGGAGUGGCAGAUGGGAGAACAGGCUGAUGGGAAGGACAGCAUCGCCCGGCAAGUGGCCCCCGAGUCACACUGGCCUGAACUCCGCGUGCUCAUCCUUGUGGUGAGCGCUGAGAAGAAGCUGACAGGCAGUACUGUGGGCAUGCGGGCCAGUGUGGAGACCAGCCCCCUGCUGCGGUUCCGGGCCGAGUCCGUGGUGCCCGCGCGCAUGGUGGAGAUGGCCCGCUGCAUCCAGGAGCGAGACUUCCCCAGCUUCGCCCAGCUGACCAUGAAGGACAGCAACCAGUUCCACGCCACCUGCCUCGACACCUUCCCGCCCAUCUCUUACCUCAAUGCCAUGUCCUGGCGCAUCAUCCAUCUGGUGCACCGCUUCAACGCCCACCACGGGGACACCAAGGUGGCGUACACCUUUGAUGCGGGCCCCAAUGCCGUGAUCUUCACCCUGGACCACACUGUGGCUGAGUUUGUGGCUGCUGUGAGGCACAGCUUUCCCCCAGGCUCGAAUGAGGACACGUUUCUGAAGGGGCUGCAGGUGAGGCCGGCCCCUCUCUCAGCUGAGCUUCAGGCUGCGCUGGCCAUGGAGCCGACCCCGGGUGGGGUCAGAUACAUCAUUGCCACUCAGCCCUACAGAUGCUGGGCACAGGAUGAGGUGCUGCCAUUCCUGGUGACGUGACAUGGAUCUCUACCCCCAGGUGGGGCCAGGGCCUCAAAUCCUGGAUGACCCCUGCGCCCACCUCCUGGGUCCUGAUGGCCUGCCGAAGCCAGCUGCCUGACCGCCUCAGCAGGACCACACGUCGCUUGGAGAAGGGGUGUCCUCGCCAGAGCUAGGGAGUGGGUGUGGUGGGCUGGCCGGACUACUGGGACAUGUGGGUGGUGGCUUGACCCCGGGCCCAUGGACAGCUUGCUGUGGGGCAGUGCAGGGAGUCCUGCGGCCGCCCAGGUGUCAGGAGAGGUCCCCACCGAGUGCUUCAGCUGCCCCAAGCUGCACCAGCGCUUUGCCAAGAUGGGAUGGGGUGGAGGUAUGAGAACUGGCAGAGCCUCAGUGCAGCAGGGCUGAAGGGCUUUCUCACCCCAGCUCUGGCUAUGCCCAGUUCUCUGAGACGGGAGCUCAGUGGGGAGGUGGUGUCCCUCCGACAGGCCAGGGAAGGGGUCACUGUGCUGGGAGCAGCCUCUUUGGGCCUCAGGAAACCACCAUGUGCCUCAGAUGGUGGCUGCCCACAGUGCUUCUGCUGAGACCCUGCCCCAGGCCCAGGUGUGGCUGGAAUGGUGGCAGGAGUGGGCAUCAGUGCGGCCCUGGUGGCCAUGGGGAAUAAACCAGCAUUGCUGCCUCCUG